UUUGUAUCACAGCGCUUAUACACAGACGGACGAAAACACGGCGAAAAACUUCUGUGCAUUUUCCGUUUUCGCCUUAUUUUCGUCUCCGCAGGGGCCGGUGGAUGUCGUGAGAACAGGUUUUGUGAAUUAGGGACAGCGUAUAGCUUGUCUCAUGUGGACCCUGGAAUUUUUGAAGCUGGAGUUAGUUCUCCACCAGCAUAGACAAACAUGAAGGAAACUGGGUCUGCUGCAAUAAAGGCUGCUCAAGAAGCAGCUGCAAAGGUUGAUGCAAUGUUGGUGGCAUCAGGGCAGCUCAAGCUGUCUGAGCUUCACAAGAACCGGACCAAAAACAGUAAAUCAAAUGACCUCUCCAUUGAAGAGGUUGUUAUUAAUGAUGCCCCCAUGAGUGCCAGGAAUUUCCUCACUCGGUCAUCAACACAGGAAGAGAUUAGUAAAAUGUCUGGUGCUGCAGUAUCGACACGAGGCAGAUACAUGACCCAAGAGGAACAAAAAAACCCAAACAAGAAUCCAGGUGAUCGCCCUCUCUACCUCCACAUCCAGGCAGUGAACCAGCAAGAUGUGAAAGUGGCAGUUGGGCGCAUCAUGCACAUCAUCAUGGAACAUAGUCACCGCAAGGGACAUGGCAUGCCUCGUCCGAGGGGUCCUAGACCCAACCCUGCUCCAGGCCUGAUGGGUCCAAGGCCCGGGAGUGGCCCAAGAGGUCCCCGUCCAAUAGUGUUCAGGCCUCCGAGACCAGACAUGUCUGCUCCUCCUCCACAGUCACAGCCUCCUCCUCCACUGACUAAUAUAUUUAGAGAAAAGGUCUUUCUGCCUGUAAAUAUUGGACUCAACCCAACUGAAGUGCGAGCACGCCUGCUGGGGGAGAGUGGAAUGAAUCUACGUUACAUUCAGGAUGAGACUGGGGUUGCCAUAUCAAUUCGUGGCAUCGGUUCUGGCUACCUAGAACAUGCAACUGGCCAGGAAGCACAGGAUUCUUUGCACUUUUACUUAGAACAUGACAACCAAGAACAGUUUAACCAGGCAAAAGAGCUGGUAGUGAAUCUAGCUCAGACAGUCAUAGUGGAGAUGCAGCAACAGUUACAGCAACAGCAGCAGCAACAACAGCAACAGCAACAACAGCAGCAUCAGCAGCAAUUGCAGCAGCCAGCUCCAUUGUUUACUCAACCUCCUCCUCAGCAACCGGAUCUGGCUUUAGGUGGAGGUGGUGCAAUUGGCCAACCUCACAUUGGGCCUGUACAAGUUGCCCCACACCAGCUCUCAGCCCCACAGCCACCACCCCCACAGAUGGUACAUUCCCAGAUGGUGCCUCCACAAGUCCCUCCCCAUUCUCAGAUGGUUCCCCCACAUGUGGGCCACCAUCAGAUUGCUCCUGCAGGUGUUCCCAUGCAGGGCCAGGUAGGGGGUCCUCAAGUGAGUGCAGGUGUGAUGCACACAGUGCUGGCCCCUCACCUCCAGGCAGGGGGUGGGGUUGUCUCUCAAGAAGUAAUUCCGCAGCAGGAGGUUAUUCAGGCCACGGUAGUGUCCUUGCCUCAACAGGUGGUCCACCUCACAGCACCACCAGUUGUCUCUAGUACGGCACCGGUGGCAAACCAACAGUUGGUACACACAUCCUCGGGCACGCAACUGGUGACCUUACCUCCAGGGACGCAGAUCAUCAAUACAUCAGAUGGGCCACGUCUAGUGGCGAUAGCAACGGGAACCCAAGUUGCUGCACCUGUGGCUCCUGUCCCUGCCAGUCACCAGUCCCACCCAGGUCCUCUGCAUGACCCCCAAGGAGUGCCCAGUCCCUUGGUGCAGCAGCAGCAGCCUGCCCCCCAAACACUGCCUGCUUCAGUUGGAACCAAUCAUGUUGCCAUUAAUCAUUCCCCGAUUUUGAGUGAUGGAGGAGCCCCACCAAGUAUAACAAGAUCUCUGGGACUCAGCAGUUCAUAUUCAACACCUUCAAUUUCAAACACUAUAAGCACUACAAGUCCUCACACUAGUGUGGCUCCUCAUGGCAGUCUUGAAAGUCCUUAUCCUCCUAAUGUCAGUGCUUCAAUUCCUCCUCCUAGUACCUGCAUGGCACUUGGAGUGCCACCUCCAGCAGCUGGGAUAGGAAUGCCUCCCACUGUAACUGCUAAUGCCAGUACUGUCUCUCUUGUGCUCACACCUGGGGUGAAUACAACCACCACCUCAGGAGUUGGUCUUCUUGUUCCUCAGGAUCCAUCAGUUGCCUCUGGUCAGUUGCAUGUCAACCAGUCGGUAGUUGUGGCUGGAGUUCUACCAACCUCUCAGCAUCAUCAGCCACAGCAACAGCAACAUCAGCAAGUUCCUCAGACUGGUGCCCACUCUACUUUCCUAGGUCCUGCUCCCAGUCACCAGAUUGGCCCUUCAGGAUAUCCUACUUCUCAGACACCAGCUGAACAGCCAGUAAGCUCUGCUUACAUACCUACAGAGUCUGCUGGUCAAGGUUAUAGUCAUGCAGGCACAACCAUAACCAGCAAUACUAGUCAUUAUGGGCAGGUACAUCCACAGCAGCAAAGGCCUGUGGGUGUAGGAUUUCCUCCUGUAGGCAUCAGUAGUGGUGGGGAAGGUGCACCUCCUCCUAGAAUAGAAUAUCAGGGACCAGGAGGCCCUGGGGUUAUGCCUGCUCAUCUACAUGUCAAUCAUCUUCAGACACAUCACCAGGCCCAGAAACCUGAUCAACAGCAGCAUCAGCAGCAGCACUUACCUCCUCCAGCAACCUACUAUAACCAACCUAACCACCCAGAGUCGAGACCUGUAUCACUGGAGCAACAGUGGCAACAGUUCCAGCAACAGGUGAAGGUUGAAGGAGGACAGCAGCAGUAUGACCCCUACUCGGCUACUGAAGAAGGGGAUCAUCAGGACAGUACUAGGCAACAGCAGCAGCAGGCAUCACAUUCAAAUCUAUCAAGUGUACAACAACAACCUACUUCACAAGCUCAACCACAGCAAUCUUCACAGCUGCCUCUACAGCAACCACAACAACAUUUUAAUAAUUUUAGUGAUCAGCAACAGCAGCAACAGUCAGGGAAUAGGGAGAAUGAUGGUAGAGGUCCAAGCAAAGAAGAAGGGAAAUCAUCUGGAAGAGAAAGUCCUCAGAAUUCUUAUGCAUAUUAUUAUGGAGGUCAGCAAGGCCAUGGUGGUCAGACUCAGCGUGCUGGUCCUCCAUCUCCUGAAAGACAAGAACACCCAGGACAGCAGCCUCCUUCUGAUCAAAGAUAUCAGGGUAAUGGACAGCCAGAUGCUGCACAGACUUCUCCAAGUCAGCAGCAACGGGGAUCUCCUCUAGGACAUAACACACAGGGACCAGCUCAGCCAGGGCAGCCUCAGCAGCCAUACCACCAAGGACAGUAUCAAGGAGGGCAGUUUGCAGUGGCUGUUCAGCAAACAGAUCAGAAGCACCAGGAAGGGGGAAGCCAAGAAGAUCAGUAUCAAGCAAAUAAACCAGAAAUUCCUUCUUCCUCAUACCAGCAAGUGACCCAUCAACCAGGGCAAUUUCCUCAAGGCCCACCAAAGGAAGGCUUAGCUAUAAUUGGUGGAUCCACGGAAUCACAUUUUCCCCAGGGGACGCCACAUCAUGGGCCUCCCCAGCAAGGAUCUGCAUCACAGGGGCCUCCCCAGCAAAUACCACCUCAGCAGGGGGCCCCAGCAGAAACACAGUAUCAACCAGGACCUCCACCAUUACAGCAGCAACAGCAGAGUCAGCAAUAUCAGCCAGGACAGUAUACUCCAGCUGGUCAGUACCCUUGGGCACAAUAUCCACAGCCCACCAGUGGUCCUGGGCCAUAUCCAGGAGGUCCUGGUACCUUUGGGAGCAGUCCUGGACCUGGGCCAUACCCAAGUGGGCCAGGACCUUAUAAUGGACCUGGCGGGCCAAGCACAGGUGUUCCCUACACUGCAGCGGGACCAGCUGGCUCCAGCCCAUAUCCAGGAACAAGCAAUGGGCCAGCAGGACCAAGUCCAUAUCCUGUAGGACCUAGUGCAGCUGGAGGACCCACACCCUAUGCUGUUGGACCUGGACCUAGUGAGGAUAGGCAACCCAUGUUGCAAGACCCAAAAGCAGACCCAGGGGUGGCCAGGGAUGUGACUGCAUCCCUGCUGAUGCCUCCACCACCCCCUCCCCCUCUGGCCGAGUCCCUGCAGGGUGCUGGGGGGAACAACCGAGGGAGAGAGGAGAACCCAGACCACGGCCUCAAGAGACAAAGAUCAUGUAGCCCGCAAGGUUUGUACCCACUCAUGUAUCUACUCUCUCAACAGAAGUGUUGGGGCUCCAUCUGGGUGAGAAGUGGAGCUGAGCAUAACUGUGGUUACAGAUUUCCUGAUUUCACCCGAGAAGGCUAGGAGCAUGCUGAAGAAUUUGUAUCAUGUAUUAAGAAUCUUUUUUACCUCCCUCAACUCAUGAUCACUUUCUUCUCCAUGAAAAUCUCUGAACAGACUUUCCUAAUGCUGAUACCUUUUGCACCCUUCAGGCAGUUGUUAUGGUUUUAUAUUUCCUCUUUUAGGACAUUAUUAUCACCCUUUACAGAAUUUUAAGCAUGUAUUAGUUGUUUUUUAUGGCAGUCUCUGCCAGCUGACAAAAUUUUUUCAUCCUCGAUAUCCCCACUAAAUGUAUAUCCUGUCAUUUCGAGGAGCUGCUUCUAUAUUGUUUAACAUGUAUCCCAACAUUAUGAGGAGCUGCUUAUUUAUUAUGUAUUGUUGCUCACCACUUUGAGGAGCUGCUUGUAUUUUCUAAACAUGUCCCAACACUGCGAGGAGCUGCUUGUAUGUGAAUCUAGCAUUACAUUGUAGUAUGACUAGCAAUAAGUAGUGAAAUCUGAAACUUCUAUUAUUCUAUUUGAUAGGAAAGUAAAUAUUUAUUUUCUGAGAUAUUUUCAGGUAUGCAGAUAUGCUAGUGUCAUCCAGUUUCAUCAGAGCUUUUUAUUUAAAGUAAAAUUAACUUGUAGACUGACUUAUUUUUUUCCCAUUUUAUUUUAAAUCAGAUUCUAUCUUUCUCAGAGACCUAUUAUAGAUUCCUUUAAACCCUUUUUUUAAUUUUUAAUAAAUUUGUAUUUAUUUUGACUAUCAGAUGGAGAACAUUAAAGAGUAUAGGGCCUUCCAUUGUAUACAAUGUAACCUUUCACGUCAAGACUCAGGGAACAUAGGCACAUUGUAUCCAUGAGCUACAACUUUUCAGCUGUGUCUGAUGCAGAUGUCAUGGCAUUUUUUUUUUUUUCUUUUUCUUUUUUUUUUGUUUAUUUCUAUAUUUCUUUUACAUUGCAGGCCAGUGCAAAAGUUAGCUUUUGUAUCCUUAGGUUUACUUUUAGAAAUCCUUUAUAUAUUCAAUUAUGAAAUUACUAAAGCUGAUUAUUCCUCUAGACAGUAUCUUUUAUUACACAAGCAGAACAUUCCCAAAGCUAAACAGCAGGUCAUCCCAAUCUAGCACGGAGCUCUCUUGUCUCUUUCUCAAUUUUCAGAUUUACUUACUGCAUUCUAGUAGAAAAAAAGAAUUUGCUUGUUUCUUUGUUUUUCACAUUUGUUUUGUAUGUAGUUCCAGACUGAACAAUUUCUGUGAUUGGAGCAAAGCCUAAAUUUGAAAUGUCACACUGUCAAAUUCUUCACCUAGGAAAGUCAUGUAUGUUUGUCCUUAGAUCUGUGUAGUUGUUGCCUUGAGGGAUGUGAGCAGAGCAGCAGUAACCCACAAGUGCAUAUUUGCUGUUUUUCCACCAUUCCAAAUGUCUCCUUCAUUCUCUCUUUAGUUGUGUGAUUUAUUGCAAAGUUUAUUUUUGUCAGGUUUGCUUCUGUAUUGGCCGAACAAAUUAGCUCUUCCCUCAAUUUUUAAGUAUUUCUUUUUCCAUUUUUUUUAUUAUUUUUUUUAUUACAGUUAUUUGCUUUUAACUUUGUUUUUCUUUUCUUUUCUUUUUUUUCUUUUCCUUUUUUUAUACAUUUUUUUUUUUUUCCUUUUUCUUUCUUUCUUUUUCAUAUACAUGUUUCUCCACUCUGUCUCUGUAAAAAUUGGUAUCAUCUUUUAAGGCUCUGAUCUUAGAAACCUAGAGUCUUCUAUACCACACAUUCUCA